AUGGAAAGUGCCCUGCUGAGUAUCCUCACUCUUGUAAUAAUUGCAGAAUUCGUAAUUGGGAAUUUGAGCAAUGGAUUUAUAGUACUGAUAAACUGCAUUGACUGGGUCAGUAAAAGACAGCUGUCCUCAGUUGAUAAAAUCCUCACAUUCUUGGCAAUCUCCAGAAUUGGGCUGAUCUGGGAACUAUUAGUAAGUUGGUUUUUAGGUCUGCAUUAUCUAGCCAUAUUUGUGUCUGGAACAGGGUUAAGAAUUAUGAUUUUUAGCUGGGUAGUUUCUAAUCACUUCAGUCUCUGGCUUGCUACAAUCCUCAGCAUCUUUUAUUUGCUCAAAAUAGUGAGUUUCUCUAGCCCUGCUUUUCUCUAUUUGAAGUGGAGAGUAAACCAAGUGAUUGUGAUGAUACUGCUGGAAACCUUGAUCUUCUUAUUUUUAAAUCUGAUACAAAUAAACAUACAUAUUAAAGACUGGCUGGACCGAUGUGAAAGAAACACAAUUUGGAAUUUCAGUAUGAGUGGCCUUCCAACAUUUUCAGUGCCGGUCAAAUUCACCAUGACUAUGUUCAGUCUAGCACCAUUUACUGUGGCCCUCAUCUCUUUUCUCCUGUUAAUUUUCUCCUUGUGGAAACAUCUCCAGAAAAUGCAGCUCAAUUACAAAGGACACAGAGACCCCAGGACCAAGGCCCACAUAAAUGCAUUGAAAAUUGUGAUCUCAUUCCUUUUACUCUAUGCCAGUUUCUUUCUAUGUAUUCUCAUAUCAUGGAUUUCUGAGCUGUAUCAGAAUAUACUGAUCCACAUGUUUUGUCAGACGAUUGGAGUCUUCUAUCCUUCAAGCCACUCCUUUCUUCUGAUUCUAGGAAACCCUAAGUUAAGACAGGCCUCUCUUUUGGUGGCAGCUAAGGUAUGGGCUAAACGUUGA